GUUGAGUGUCUGUCAGCCGAGGCGUCAGCCUUGCUUAGGCUACUCUCGUUUCUCACAAGCCCAGGGUUCUCGAUACAUACGGAGCUUCUCAGGCGCAUUGCAUCUAAAAGACGAUGGGCGCAUGACGGUAACCUGGAUCCAAGCCCUCAUUUGCUAGCUGAUUUUGCACCGGAAGUGGGACGAAUAUUCGGCAAUGUGCUCCGGUUUGAUAGCACUCUCCAUGAGCUUGUUCGAGAAGGCGUUACGCUCAUGGAUCGGACCAACAACCUGGUCACUCUGGAUAGCGCCAUUAGGGACACAGUAGUUAUAAAGAUGGAAGCCGUCGAGCUUGCUGCCUGGAAACGCCAGGCUCUCAUCGUAGCUUGCCUCGCUGUUCCACAUAAAUACCUCCAACCUGGCACGACUGGUCAACAACGCGAGUUUCUCAUGGCAUGUCUCAGAAACACCACGGAGGCUGUCCAUGCCAAUGGCUUCGAUAAAUUAUCAAUUCCAACACGACAUAUACUUGCCAUCAUGAGCAUUCUUCUCACCAAGUUCACCCGUCAGCAAGUUACGGGUCCUGUACUCAAGGGUGCCACACAACUAUACAACAGCAACUACGGAAAAUGGGAUAAAAUAUCAGGUUUCGAAGGCAACGUCAAGCUGAGCGCGCGUAAGCUCAAAGAGGACUUUUUACCAGAGAACGCUGAUGUCGUCUACCACAACGUCACCGUUGAUGGAAUCCUUGCCGGACAUGUCUUCGCCUGCCGCUGGAAGUUCAACAACAAGCAGGUUUGCUGGGUAACCCAGCUAGUCGUAAGCAGGGAUCACCGGAACAUGGGUCUCGCAAGCUCCCUACUUCGUUCUCUGCGCACAGACGUGGACGAUCUCUACGGUAUAAUGAGCUCUCACCCAGCUGCAGUUACAGCUACCGCGAAGGCUUUUGGAUCUCACAUCGAAAAGAUCAGUCUCAGGCUUAUCAAGGAGGAUGGAGACGCGAUCAUGAAGGCUUCACCGGUGGCUUAUAUCAAGGAAGCUACGCUUUGUGGGUCCUUGAUCAACGCUGAUGACCAAAGUGGUCUUGUGUUAGGUGUUAACACAUCAUUUUACGUGGACCACACUGAACCAUUGGAAGCCCUAAAGACCGUGAGGGAGGAUUGGGCUUGGCCCUUUGGAGACCUUCCAGAUGGCCACGAGUAUCUUCUUAUUCUAGAAGGCAGAGGGCUGCGGUCCAGAUCUAGAUCAUCAUCUCGUGAUCCACCAGGUGUUCUCGGAAGCCUGUAA